AGCUUUUUGUAUGUCACACAAUUUACAAUAUUUUCUGGAAACAUAUGAUAAUGGACGGCAACCAGUAUGAAGCUAUUUUCCUCAACUACUUUCGUGGAAUUUUCCCCAAUGCAGAUAAUCUGAAUGUGAAAUGCGUGAAGCGGAUGAGUGAACAACAAAUGAAAACAACCAUUUCCCGACAUGGAAUGCGCUGCACAGUACUGAAUGGCAAAGAUAAAAUAAGCAGUUACACGGUAAAGAAAAUAGUCGAAACUCCUGGCAAGAGAGAAUAUUACGGUGUUCGUGAUAUAUUCGCGUUCAAGCUGCUUGACAUGAUGGGAGUUGGACCCAAAGUUCAUUUUGUUUCGAAUGGAGAAGUUGGAGACGACGUUGGAUUAUUCAUUGUUACAGAAGAUGAGCCCGAGUUCGACACAUCGCGUCCUCGGAAAAUACGUUCUAUGGAACGCUUUUUCCUAUACUUGUUAAGCAUUCCCAAUACGAGAUAUGGAGCCGACGGAAACGGAAGAUUUGUGAUACACGACUUUGUGAUUAGCACAUCGCCUCAAUCAAGUUAUGCCCCAAAUUUCAUGAGAUUGCACAGCCACGGUGUUGAGAGAAGCAGAAAAACUGGAAGACAAUGCUUCGAACGAUGGGCAAUAAAUAAAAUGAUUGAUGAUGCAGACAUGGCUAUUGGUCAGGAAAAAGCAUUGAUUGAUGGAGACAUCGAAUUGAAUAACGAUAAUGAUUAUUGGACAUAUGUGAGUCUUGUCAGAGAGAAUGUUAAAAUACUUUAUGAUACUAUUCAUUCUAAUAGUAAGAAAUAAAAUUAUUGAUGAAUGC